AUGGCUGUGGAAUUGCGCUCAAGAUGCUUGUUUUGUGACAGGCCCAGAAGAGCCAGUACAGGAAAAAAGGAGAAGUCUGUCGCCAAAGAAAUUUCUCAGAGCGACAUAUUCUGGAUUUGUGAUGUUUGCCAGGCUGCAAAACCGGAACACGCAAAAGCGCUGGAACUGAAACUUUUGGCCCAGAAUGACCUACCGAAGGAAUUGCUCAGUAUGGCAUUUUCACACCAGAAGUUUCACAGCCAUGACCUCGUGUCUGAACUCGGCGUCGUGAACAGCUGUAACUGCCAAAGCUGCAACGAGCGACUAAAACUCGAGAACGAUCAACUACUUGAAUACCAGAACUUGCAGAGCUACUGGAUACAGCUUAGGCACGCGGUUCGUCAGAUGUACCGUGAUCGGUUGUUUAAAGACGGUGUAACCGGCCGCGGCAGAAAAUUCGACCUCACUAAGCUGAAAGAGUUGGUGGCGAGGCAGUGCCAACACAACCCUCAUCAGCUGUAUCAGAGGCUCGAGAUUCAGGCUCGUGAAUACAUUAUGGACAUCAAGGUGCAGUUACUGCAGAUCCUGGUGUCGCCUGAGAAGCUUGGUCUCGCCAACGAUUGCGACAAAGAUUCUUCUUCACCGAUCAAUAGCAACGUGGCGAACUUUUUCCUGCAUUCCGUGCUAUCGUAUGCAUCGCAACUGUUAGAGACGGUCGCUAAUAUGCGUUGCUUUCUAGAACGAUUUGAAAAAGACUAUUUGGAAAAGUUCGGUGUAUCGUGGCAAACGGUCAACUGUUACCUUUUCCAUACAGUGGUUAAUCUAGACCCAUUGCUUCAGUCUAACCUUCCGCUGGUUUAUUCUCAGUUAGGUGUUUCUUGGAAUCCUAGCAGCCUCGGAUUUCGUCUGGACAAUCUUCCUUCAGAGGUUGCGGAUACACUUAAGAAGUUUCUGGAGUUAAACGAAUGUCUCACGUCUUCGCAGACGAAAAUGCUUAAAGCCCAAGAGAAAAUGGACAAAUGUCUUGCAGAAGAGAUGCAGGUGCCCGGGGAACAGGCAGAAUUCAGUUCUUUUUCGAAUUCGCUGCGGUGUCUCCUAUUGGGUAAUAGGCGUGCGGCCGAGCAUUCGGCUUCCACCAGCAUUGACUGUACGCGCUGUAAGCAGCGUCACUGCGGCUGUGACGAGUGUACGAUUUCGCACUUGAUCACAUGCGGCUUGAUCAGCGAAGAGGACACGAUUGACCUGUCUGACAAUCUUCAAAGCUUUGACGGCAUGGAAACAUCGUCUAACUCUUCAGAAUAUGAAAGUGAUGAAUCUGAUUACGGUUCUGUUGACAGCGCGGCCACUGAAGAAAAACUGGAUAGCAUGGACAUAAUCUGCAAACAGCGAACGAGCAUCAUUUGCAGCGAUGGACAGAAGUUUACCAAGGUUGAGACAAUUCUUUUACCAUCGAACUUGUACUCUCUGCAUAAUAGCUCUGAUUCGCCAAAAGACACGGUGUGUGAUAUUUUUGGACAGUGGGAAGGAUCGCCAGAUGAGGCCAGUUUGCUCCAUUCUUGCGGUCAUGUGAAUCAUUCAGAUGACCGCGCAGACUUUCACAACACGAAAUCCGCGUCAAGAAAGGCAAGCAAAGAAGGAAACGAGAAUCAACUCAGGACUACUUUACCGCAGAGUGACAAAAAGAAAAGCGUUGACGAAUCAUCGCCUUCGCCUCAUCUGAUGAACACUGUGCAUCCUCCAUCUCAUCCUCCUCCGAAACCAAAGAACCAGCAGCCAUGUCGCGGCUGUGCCGGUGGCGGCAAGCCAUUGGCUAAAAAAAAUCGAAAGCAGUGUGAUUCAUCUAUCGACUCUGAUGUGAGCGUAACGACGGCAAACAACAGGACACAAGACAUGUUAUCUAACUACUCGACUAAGUCACAGGAAAGCGUCGGUACUCAAGUUGAAGGUAGCGAAGAUACAGAAGAUUCGUCCAGCAUCAACAGCUCGGAGCCACCGAGAGAUGGAAAGCAGCACUGUGACUGCUGCUACUGUGAAAUGUUUGGUUAUGGAAAUGGCGAAUUUCCUAGGCACUUUGGUCGUGAUGAUUAUCCGCAAAUUAGGGAGAGAUUGAGAUCGAAGUUAAAGAGAAAGGAUGAGCAACAAGCACCGGCACAAAAAUCUGAACAGAUCGAGGGAUAUCGAGGCUAUGAGUCCCUGGACAAGCUGCUGGAGUAUAUCAACGGCCCGCAAGAUGUGCGAGCAUCGACGACAUCCGCCGUUGCUAAGACGAAAAAGAAACCGCGUCAGCCAAAGCAAAAGAAAGCUUCAAAAUCAAAUGGCAGCGGAAGUGAUACACGAAACAAACAGAAAUCCUCUUCAGCUACAAGUCAGGAAAGCGGUCGGUUGUCUGACGAUGCCAGCAUCCACAAG